AUGGAUGUGCACCUUCUAGUGUACGACCUCUCCGGCGGCUUAGCCCGUCAGAUGUCAAUGAGUCUUCUAGGAUUUCAGCUAGACGCCAUCUAUCAUACCUCGAUUGAGCUUGGCGGAGUCGAAUAUGUAUAUGACAGUGGUAUCAACACCAUUCGACCUGGAAGUUCACAUCUAGGUAGACCCUUGGAGCGCCUGCACCUGGGCAAGACAGACUUGCCUAUCGAGGUCAUAGUGGAGUAUGUCGACUCGCUCCGAAGCAUAUUCACACCAGCCGCAUAUGAUCUCUUCAGGCACAACUGCAACAACUUUAGCAAUGAUUUCGCCAUGUUCCUUCUGGGCAACGGCAUUCCUGAACGUAUCAGCAAUAUGCCGCAGGCUGUACUUGACUCGCCCUUUGGGAGGAUGCUCCAGCCACAACUUGAAGGAAUGGUACAAGCGAGAAAGGCACAACAAGGUGGACUUUUAGGUAUUCAAAGCGACCCGCUGAGCAGGCCUGUCGCUUCCGCCACUGCACCAUCUGCGCAAACGAAUGGCCAUACCCCGAAAGCCGGAACUGUCAAAAUCGUUUCAAGUCCACAAGAGCUGGAUAGUUUGCUCGACGUGGCAAAAACGUCUUGUGCCGUCAUCUUCUUCACAUCAGCAACAUGCCCUCCAUGUAAGGUGCUGUACCCAGUGUAUGACCAACUGGCGACAGAGCUUGGUGAUCGAGCCACAUUGAUCAAAGUCGACACGUCUCAAGCAUUUGACAUUGGCCAAAGAUAUGGUAUUAGAGCUACUCCCACUAUUGCCACGUUCCUCUAUGGACAGGAACAGGAACGCUGGUCUGGUGCUGAUGCAGCCCGCCUACGUAGCACUGUCCGUCUUCUAGUUGAGAUGGUCAAUCCAAGACACCUCCAUGAAGCUCUCCGUCUGCCACAUUUCGCUGAUCCUGACGUCAAGCCUGUCUUGUAUAUCAAGACACCACCUCUUGAUAAACUUGUCGCUAAGAUGGGAGCUGCCUCUGCGAACACAUACAUCCAAGGGGUGAAGCACUUCAUUGAGGUACGAGCGGCAGAAGGGCCAGCACAGACUACAAUGCCUGAUUUGCAAGGCUUCUCGGCUUUAUUGCGCAGUGGUGAACUCCCGGUUGAAGUCAUGUUCACUGUUGUAGACCUGUUCAGGUGCGCUUUGAUUGACGUGAGAGUCAGCGGUUAUUUUGCAGAAGAAUCCGGGCACAAGACCGUGGUGUCACUUCUCGAUUACGCCAACAAUAGAGGAACAGAUUGCCCCUAUGCGUUACGACUAGUAACUCUGCAGAUGGCCUGUAACUUGUUCUCCAGCCCACUUUACCCGGAUCAGAUUCUCUCCCAGGCGACAUUGAGAAACCCGAUCACCCAACUAGUAUCCACAAGCUUCUUGGAUGAUAGCCACAACAACGUCCGAGUAGCUGCCGCUUCUCUGCUCUUUAACAUUGCCUCUGCCAAUAGCAAGAAAAGAAGGGCUUCCACAUCCGAAGAUGCUAUCCCUGAAUCCGAUCAAGUUGAGCUUGCCGCGUCGGCACUCGAAGCCAUUGCGCAAGAGACUUCAUCCUCUGAAGCUCUUCGCGGCAUGCUGCUGGCAUUAGGAUACCUGGUCUACUGCGCCCCACUGGGGAGUGAACUGAUAGACCUUCUAAGGUCAAUGGAUGCCGAGGAUACCAUUAUUGCCAAAUCGAGGCAGUUUCCACAAGAGGAUCUUGUUAAAGAGGUUGGUGCGGAGUUGUUUGGAAAGGGUUUGAAGAAGCCAUGA